GCCCGAGCUUGCAAACAUUCCUUCUUCAGCCAUUACAGCUGUUGCCAGAUCCUGAAACGGAAAUUACUUCUACGGUGUGCUGAUGUAUCAUGUUUUCCUGCACGACUACUGAUGAAGGGUUUCAUCAGUUGCUUUCUGGAGUUUCUAAAUCACAGUUAUCUUCAACCUUCAGAGUUAAUCAUUGCUUUAUAUAAUCGGCGCCGGCGAACAUCACAGGCAGCUUUCACUUUAUAAAGCAAACCUACAUCGGUACGAUUGCCCUUUGCUUCAUUUUGACCCGCUGAAUUCAACUUUUCUGCAGCGACUGUCGACGAGCAGAAGAUGAACCAAGGUAGCGGAACCCGCAGCGGGAAGACUUUCCUGUUCACGUCGGAGUCUGUUGGAGAAGGACACUCCGAUAAAAUGUGUGAUCAGAUUAGUGAUGCUGUGCUCGAUGCGUACCUAAGUCAAGACCCUGACUCUAAAGUGGCCUGUGAAUGUGUGGCAAAGACUGGCAUGAUUUUACUAGUUGGAGAAGUAACAUCCAAAGCCACGGUAGACCUCCAGACAGUCGUGCGAAACACCGUUAAGAAGAUUGGCUAUGAUGACUCCUCAAAAGGCUUUGACUACAAGACCUGCAAUGUACUAGUGGCUCUGGAGCCGCAGUGUGCGGAGAUCUCAGACUGUGUGUUCGAAGGCAGGGAUCAGGAGGAUAUCGGUGCAGGGGACCAGGGCUUGAUGUUUGGCUAUGCCACGGAUGAGACUGAGGAGUGCAUGCCGUUGACCCUGCUUCUGGCUCAUAAACUAAACUACAGGAUGAAGGAGCUGUCGCGGAAUGGAGAGUGUCCUUGGAUACAGCCAGACUCCAAAUCACAGGUCACCGUGGAGUAUCGAGACAACAUGGGAGCCAUGGAGCCCCUGCGUGUCCACACUGUGGUGAUCUCAGUACAGCACAGUCCUGACAUCACCCUGGAGGAGAUCAGAUGCAACCUAAUGGAGAAGGUGGUGAAGGCUGUCAUUCCUGCCAAGUACCUGGAUGAUAACACCAUCUACCAUCUGCUGCCGAGUGGGAAAUUCCUUUUUGGGGGUCCACAGGGAGAUGCGGGACUCACAGGACGUAAAAUCAUAGUGGAUACCUACGGAGGAUGGGGUGGGCACGGAGGAGGGGCUUUCUCUGGAAAGGACUAUUCCAAAGUAGAUCGGUCUGGAGCUUAUGCAGCACGUUGGGUAGCCAAGUCACUUGUCAAGGCUGGACUGUGCAGGCGAGCUCUCGUUCAGAUCUCCUAUGCUAUUGGUGUGAGCCAUCCACUCUCCAUCUCAGUGUUUCACUACGGCACAUCUAACAGAGACGAAGACGAGCUGCUGCAGAUCGUACAGAAGAACUUUGAUCUGAGGCCUGGAGUGAUUGUGAAAGAGCUGGGACUGAAGAAGCCAAUUUACCAGGCCACUGCCUGCUACGGUCAUUUUGGCAGGAAGGAGUUCCCUUGGGAAAAGCCGAAGACUCUGGUGUUUUGAGUUUAGUGUUGAGUGUUUUCUAGUUGUGUCCUAGUAAAGUCCGCUUAGUGUCACAUAAUCAAUAAUGUCUAAAUUCACCUGUUUAAAUGUCUUCUCUCUGUUUAAGUGUCUCCUCAUUUCUGGCUUCAAACUGCAAAAGCCGUGGCCACCACCUUUUAUAACAAAGAUUAAUUACUAUUUUUUUAAUUAGAAAAAAGCAACACAUUGAUGUAUUGUUGUAUGAUGGUUACUGUAAAACAUCUGAAGAUAAGUGUCACUUUUAUACACACUGUCAAAAUUCAGAAUCUAUAUCUAUACUUUACAUUUAUUGAUUAAAAGGCU